AUGUUGCAUGGUCCAGAAAGAUCAGGUCUUUCACGAAAAUGUGAUAUAUGUCAAGAACGACAAGCCACAUUGUCAUGCACUGGCUGUCAGCAAAUCUUCUGCAAACAGGAUAUGACACAACAUCGUCAACAACUUUCACUUGAACUCGAUCUCGUCAUGCGAGAACAUAAUGAUCUCGAUAAACGCAUUAAACAUAAGAUGACAGGUGAUCAGAGUGGACACCGACAGCUGCUCGAUCAGAUCAACGACUGGGAGAAGGCAGCCCUUGUUGAGAUCAAAGAUACUGCCCAACAAGCACGCGAACAAGUGCACCUUCUUCUUGAUCAACCAGCUCAUCAUCUCAAACAAAUCGCCGAUGACAUUGAAUCUAGAAUGAAAGAGGAAGACUAUGUUGAGACAGAGAUCGAGUAUUGGAGUAAUCAAGUGAAGAAGUUGAGUAAAGAGAUUGAGAUGAGUGACUCGACGAGCAUUGUGAUUGAGAUUAAACAAGUUGACUGGAAAGACUUGAUCAAUGUGAAACAGACAUUGUCGAAGAUGAGACGAACAUUUGAUUAUGGACGACUGAGAAAUGAAGCAUCGAAGGUGAUCAAAGACGAGAGAUAUAUCGCUGGUUCAUCCACCGACUUUUUAUUACUUCACGGUUAUGGAAAAGGUCUAUGUUUAUUAGAUGGAAUACGAAACAAUAAAACAGAGAUCAACUUCAAGUCAGACUAUGGAGUAUACGAUAGUUGCUGGUCCACUUUCUUGAAUCGAUUCAUCAUUCUAACUAAUAAAGAAGAUUUAUAUACAUUAGAUGUUGCAACACGACAAGUGAAUGUGAUUCGUAAACUCAAGAGUCGUGACAAAAAGACGCUUGGGUCAUGCACAUGCUCAGGCGAAACAUUUUUAACGAGUACGUGGAUGAUCGGCUCAUCAAUUGAGAGUGAUGUUCAGCUUUGA